GAUUUAUUAACUAAAAAUUAUACUUGGUUAAAAUUUCCUUGUAAGAAUGGUGAUUAUAUAUUAUUUGGUGGAGAAAAUAAUCUUCAAGUCCUUAAUGCAGAUAAACUAACAAAUAAAAUAUCUGAGACAUCAAAUCUAAAUUCAACAGCCUUUAUUCAACAUGGAUUUGAAAUUGCAUCUGAAGAAAUUACAUUAACACCAUCUGAAACACAGACAUUAUUAAUCAAUUAUACAAAGUUACAAAACCAAGUAUAUCAAGAAAGAAGAAAAGUAAAACGUGCAAAGACUACAAAUGUUAUAAUACGUUGGAACAAUCGUUUAAAACAGCUACAAGCUAAAAUUAAUAAAAGUAAAAAUAAAGAAUUAUUAGAACAAUGGUUAAAUCAAGCUAAAAAAACAACAAAUAUUGGAUCUACUAUACUUAUAAAUACAGACCA